CCUUCAGGAACUUCCCGGAAGGAAAUGGCAGCAGGAAAUCAUUCCUCAGUGACUGAGUUCAUCCUUGCUGGGCUAACAGAACAGCCAGAGCUCCAGCUGCCCCUUUUCUUCCUCUUCCUAGGAAUCUAUGUGGUCACAGUGGUGGGCAACCUGGGCAUGAUCACACUGAUUGGGUUCAGUUCCCACCUCCAAACCCCUAUGUACUAUUUUCUCAGUAGCUUGUCCUUCAUUGACUUCUGUCAAUCCACCAUCAUUACCCCCAAAAUGCUGCUGAACUUCGUGAGAGACAAGAACAUCAUCUCCUACACUGAAUGCAUGAUUCAGCUCUGUUUCUUCCUCCUUUUCGGUAUCUCAGAGUGUUACAUGUUGGCUGCAAUGGCGUAUGACCGCUAUGUUGCCAUCUGCAGCCCUCUGCUUUAUCAUGUCAUCAUGUCUCAUCAGACUUGUUUCUCCCUGAGUGUGGGAGUGUAUACUCUGGGCCUGGUGGGUGCUUUCUCUCAUACUGGCUGCAUGCUCAGGGUGUAUUUCUGCAAAUGGGAUGUGAUCAACCAUUAUUUCUGUGAUCUUCUUCCCCUCCUACAGCUCUCCUGCUCUAGCACCUAUGUCAACAAAUUACUUAUUUUAUGUUUUGGUACCCUUAAUAUCUUUGCCCCCAUCCUGUCCAUCCUGAGCUCCUACACCUUCAUCAUAGCCAGCAUCCUCCGCAUGCACUCCACCCAGGGCAGGUCCAAAGCCUUCAGCACAUGCAGCUCCCACAUGUUGGCGGUUGUGCUCUUUUAUGGAUCAGCUGCCUUCAUGUACCUGCAGCCAUCCUCAGUCAGUUCCAUGGACCAAGGGAAGGUGUCCUCUGUGUUUUAUACUACUGUUGUGCCCAUGCUGAAUCCCCUGAUCUACAGCCUACGGAAUAAAGAUGUCAAUAUUGCCCUAAACAAAAUGCUAGAAAGAAGAAUAUUCUUGUGA